AGGCAAGCUCUCAAGUACACCGGCUACACGAGAGGUUUUCCUCCUCUGGGUCACAAGGUGUUGCUCAUGAUUCCUGCGUCUAUAUAAGCUCGAGACUUCAGCUGUCUCGCGCCAUUCCACAACGCAACGCAACAUGAUCCUUCGAGUGCUUGCGGCGAGCGCCCUUCUGGCCGUCUGUGCGGCACAGGGAUGCGUGACGCCCCUCUUUACGUGCGAGAACUGGUCUCCUGCAGGACCCACGACAAUCGAGCAACCCUGUCCAGCUGAAUGCAGUACCAAGGACAAUCCUUCUGCCACUUGCUACAUUCAGAACGAGUGUGACUGCACGUCCUACUUUACCUGCCGGGAUGAUGUGUAUACCCUAAAAUGCUGCGGGAGAGGCUUGUAUUGGGACAUGGAGACACGCACGUGCGACGAUUUGGAACAUGCAAACUGCGACAGCCGUCCAUACGAGACGUUGCCGCCCACCACCACCACCACCACAACAACUAUUACCACAACAUCAAGCACACCUGUACCUGAUAAUUCGAGUACACCUGUUACGCCUGUUUCAACGGUUUCAACUGUUACUACGACCACGGUACCUCCAACUCCCCCGCCUGCCAUCGAGAACAGUGCUCUUCUCUUAGCAUCGAUGAUGUGCUUUGUCUGCCCAACGAAGCCGAUUGUCACAUGUAUUACAAGUGUUGCGUGGAUUCAAGCGGUUUAUUGACCAUUCAGCAAAUGACUUGUCCCGGAGAGCAGGUGUUCAACCCUAUCGAAGAAAGGUGUGACGAGCCUUGGCACUACCCGUGUGACACUCCCUGAAGCUUUCAACUUAAUUUUGAAAAUAAAUGUCACAAUUUUCCUGAUGCGUAAUCUGUUCCUGUGACCCUUGAGUAAAGAAAAUAAAUAAAGCUAAUAUGAGA